AUGGCAAAGAAGUCAAAGAAAAGUGCGGGAGAUAACAUCAACGCAAAAUUGCAGCUUGUUAUGAAAUCUGGAAAGUAUCAGUUUGGAAGAAAAUCCUGUUUAAAAGCCCUUCGAACGGGAAAAGGUAAACUUGUCAUCGUGAGUAGCAACUGCCCACCAAUACAGAGAAGUGUUAUUGAAUAUUAUGCAAUGCUUGCAAAAUGUGGAGUUCAUGAUUAUCAUGGGGAUAAUAAUGAUUUGGGAACAGCUUGUGGAAAACUGUUUCGAAUAAGUUGUCUCGUCAUAACAGAUGUUGGGGACUCUGAUAUAAUUAAGACAAAUGAGUAA